UGGACAAUAUGAUACUGAGAAGCAUUUUGCUGUUUGUGAUUUGCAUGCGUUUCGCUUCGGCUGGAAAUGUUAAGCGUCCCGAUUUAACGAUUUCCGAAUGUGCUGCCAAGCUGGGAGAAUGUGAUGAAAGCAAAGGACGACCGGUAUGUGGUACCGAUGAUCAAACCUAUCCCACCCGAUGCCAUCUGUUAAGAGUACAAUGCAGUGGGCAUCAAGUUAGCCUUAAAUAUCGAGGACCCUGUAAAGCCUGUGCUGAGGCACGUGAAUAUGCCCUCAGAAAUCGCAACAAAUAUCCACCACCAAAAUUUAUUCCACGCUGUAAACCGGAUGGUACAUAUGCUCCGAUACAAUGUCUUUUGGAUAAGGGCUGUUGGUGUAGCGAUUCACUAGGCAGUCCAAUUAAUAACACUUCGGUGAGGACGGGAAAGCCGAAAUGUCGUGAAUUUACCAAAGCAAAUGUUAGACGUUCACCGUCACGAAAUAAUGGUGGAAAUCGCAAGCGACCUUGCACCCAAGAAGAUCGUGCCACAUUCAAUAGUCAUUUGAUUCGGGUCUUUCAAAGUGAAUACAUUCGUAGUAAGAGUACCCAGUACCACCAGCGUGAUAUGGGUGGUGGUGGCGCUAAUCGUAAAUCGCCAUUGGACACUUUCAGUCCACCCAGCGAUACGGAGGUAAUGGAUUGGAAAUUUUCCCAUUUGGAUGUGAAUCGUAAUCAAAUGUUGGAUAAAAAUGAAUAUCGUGAAUUGAAGAAAUUGGUGAAGAGGGCUGUCAAACCCAAACGCUGUGGUCGGGCUUUUGGAAAAUUUUGUGAUGUCGAUAGUGAUGAACGGUUAUCACGUGUGGAAUGGAAUAGCUGCCUUGCAAAGGAUGGAUCAAACCGCCCCUCUAUUUUUUAUCAGCAACAACACCACCACUCCACGAGCACGUCCAGUCAACAGCAACCACCACAACACCACCAUCAUCAUAUUAAUAACAACAACAUACCGCAUCAUCAUAACAACAACAAUAAUAACCAUCAAAAUCGUUUACGUCCAGAUUCGUAUGAGGACAAUGAAAGCAAUGCUGCUGCUGAUAAUGAUGAUGAUAGCAGUAGCCAACAUUUGGACUACGAAGAUGGCGAUGAUUACGAAGAUUCCGAUGAUGAUGGUUCAUCGACGAAAUUUCCAUCCAUAUAUAUUUUAAAACCCCCAACUGAGAUUGCGACGAAGGAAUCUGAUAUCGAAUCAGAUUGCCUAGCUGAUCAGGCGGCAGCUUUGGAAGAGAAAAAGCAUGCCAAUAAUUUAUAUUAUGUACCAGACUGUACUCCUGACGGCCGCUACCAACGUAUCCAAUGUUACAACUCUACGCCGUAUUGUUGGUGUGUGAAUGAGGAUACGGGUAAAACAAUAGAGGGCACAUUCACCCAUCUUCGACCCCAGUGUGAUUCAUUUUAUGCAGUCACCAGAGCCAUGAAGGGCUGUCCCGAAGAAAGGAAGGUUAUAUUCCUUAAAGAUCUCAAGGAAUUUUUAAGAACAAAAAUCAUAACCGGUUCAUAUGCGGGUGUAAAUACAACCAACUGGAGUUCAGAAGAUGAACGCAUAGCCACAUUAAGUUUUGUUAUAUUGGAUAAAAAUAAAAGCUCAGCUUGGGAAAAGAAAGAAUGGAAAACAUUUCGAGAAUUGAUGAAUACAGUGAAUAAUCUGCGUAAAUGUGGUCGCAAAAUGCCACGAUAUUGUGAUGUCAACGGUGAUAAGAAGAUAACGUUGAACGAAUGGAUUAGUUGUCUGCAAACAUCCAGAAUGGAGAUCACAACUGGUGGAGGUGGUGGUGCCCGAAAUGAUGUCAAGCAACAAAACACCUCAAUAAGUGACAAAAAUUCAUCAAAAACUCCUAAAUUAAGUGGAUCGAAUCCAUUGGAACAGUAUCUCAAAGAUUAA